UUCAUACCCCUCCCUCCCUCCAUCACUAUAUAAGACACACACAUCCCUGAACUCAAACACACAACACAACACAACUUAAACAAAGUAACAACACACAACAAACACCAUGGCAAGGAAAAAGGUGAAACUUGUUAGGAUUGUCAAAGAAUCCGCGAGAAAAGCAACCUACAAUAAAAGGAAGAAGGGUUUGCUUAAAAAAGUGCAAGAGAUAUCCACUUUAUGUGGCAUCAAUGCUGGGGUUAUCAUUUACAGUCCCUUCAGUCCUAACCCUGAGGUGUGGCCCCCUGGUGAUGGUAUCCGCGAAGUGAUUACUCAGUUCCGGAAUGUGCCGAAAACCGAGCGGGACAAGAAUACGUUCGACCAACAGAAGUUCCUCAAACAGAGGCUAGCUAAAGUCGAAGCCCUUCUGACGAAGCAGAGGAAGGAAAACAAGGAGGCUUACUUGACGGAAUUCAUGUUUCAAUGUUUGGUUGAGAACAAGAGAGUGGCUGAAAUCGACUCCCAGUAUCUUAACGAUCUAGGAUGUAUUAUUGAUCAGUUUGAUAAUAGUAUUGAUCGCAGGAUUGAGAUUUUAGGAGGCUCAGCUGAUAUGGAGAUGGGUGAACCUUCCAAUGCUGAUGCGGCUACUGAUCCUUCAGAGCCGGUUGGAACAUUGAAUCUUGGGGAAGGUGCAACCGCUCCAGCUGCUGCUGGUGCAUCUUUCUUUAAUCAAGUGCCCCAUUAUCCUCCGUAUCACCAGCAGUUUCAUCAACCAUAUAAUGCUCCAUAUACUGGACUCUAUGAGCAAUCUGGUAACCAGAACCAGUAUAUGGAUAUGAUGAACCGUCCUGAGCACAUGCGUUAUGCUCCUAACCAAAUGGGGUAUCCAUUUAUGGGCUAUCCCCAUCAGGCUCAUCCCUACCACCAUUACCAGCCUCAGCAGCAUCAGUUCUUCCCAGGGGAAUCAUCCAAUGCUCAGCAGCAUCAGUUCUUCCCAGGGGAAUCCUCAAAUGCUCAGCAGCAUCAGUUGUUCCCAGGGGAAUCAUCCACUGCUCCCCCACCCGCCACCUCAGGCAGUGUCACACCUGCGACAACUCCAAACCCUACCAAUAAUUUUGGGUUUCCUUAAGAUUUGGAGAGACGACGUUCACAUUCCGAUAAGACGACAAAGCUAUGAUUACUCUCAUGUGUUUUCUUUGUGUUGCCGUUUUAUUUGAUGUCAAACGUUACGGAUUUGAAUUUUUCUUUUUUUUUGUUGUUGUUGUUCUAACAUUUGUUGUUGUUGUUGUUGUACACAGAUAUAUUUAUGUAUCAUCUUUUUAAUUCAAU